AUGCAUAUAAAAUUUAUAUAUCCACAGUCAACGCCAAAUGUUGCUGUUGUAAGAUCUAAAAAAACAGGAUACAUUAAGAGAAGAUGGCAAGCAGAAAUGCCUGUAGAACUAUCUACUCAUUGUUCAAUCGAAGAUUAUGAUAAAGCAAUACGAUCUCUAAACAAUGUUGCUGCUAUCACUCUGUGGGGCCAACUCUUGUCAUUAUUACCAUCUUUAAUCACAGGUGCAAUUGCAUUUGGUGUUGGAGAGUCAAAAAAAACAGAUUCAUAUACACCAAUCUAUUGGUAUAUAGGUAUUUUAUUACUUGCAAUUACAUUACUUGGUUUAGUUUUAAUGUUGUUAACUUUAAAAAGAAAAUAUCUUAGAAAUUUAGCUUAUUCUGUAUCGAAAAUCCACACACACUUUAAUAAUCAUUAUGGAAUCAAUUGGACAUUGAGAUAUGUAGAUUUUACAAACAAAAGAGGAAAGAGAAGACCAAAGAUUUGGUGUGAAUUGAAUAUUCCUGUAUCGCCACUUGCCGAACAACCUUUGGUUGCCUAUCCAGUGCCAUACCCCAACCAACCACCUGUUCACUACAUUCCAAUGCAACACUUCCACAAUCAAUCGACCACCACAGGUCUACCACAACCAAACUACGCUACAUACUCUGAGAUUCCAAUCGAUGACAAUCAACAACAUCAAUAUCAACAACAACCUGUUUCAUUAUCAAAGGAAUCUGAUAAUCCUAAAAUUGAAAAAUAA